AUUUGGCUGCGCGAGCUGUUUCUCAAUUUUACCCGUGAAGUCGAAAUGUUUCGAUUAUUUUUUAAAGCGAUAAGAAGGCCUUUAAACAACAUGUGUAUGCGCAAAGAUAAAAAGUUAUGUAAUGUAUCUAUAGAAGCUUUUUUUAGACGGAAAACACAAAAACUACAUUUCCCAUGAUUCAGUGUGCGAUAACAAACUCAGGGUCAAAGGGCAGUUAAAAUAAGCAUCGCGAGCUCCUUCGGUUUGAUCAUGGCAUCAGACGGAUUAGGAGGACCACCAGAGGAGCAGGCAGAGGAGGGGACCCUCCUGAGGGAAACACUCAGUGAGGAGGCAGGGGUUCCCCCUAACUGUGGAAAAGACACCUUAAGAGCCCCAGAAGCAGAGCAAGAUGAGAACAGAGUCGACGUGUGCCGGUUUUUCCUGAUGGGGAAGUGUCAUUUCGGCCCCAGAUGUCGUUUCUCUCACAGUAACCCAUCAGGAGAUGAUUCGGGGUCAGCUGACCAGGAUGACAAACAGGAAGGAGAGAAGACGGAAAACCCCAAGAAGAAAGUGAACAAAACAAGAAAGCCGAAAUAUGAGCCAAAAGAGGUGAACAAAAAGCCUCGCAUGCGCACGGCCGAUGAGGUUAUCUCUCGCAUCCUGUGGGACCAGUCGGCGGAUGGAUCAGAAUUUGUUGUUGGGUACGUGGACCGUUUCCUCGGUGUUCUGGAGCGUCCCUUCAACGACUUCAACUGGGACACAGACCCGUGCGACUGCGACUACACCGUGGAGCUGGCCCUGCCCCGACACAGGAUCCAGUACUUCACCUACAGAGGGCACCGCGUCUGGGACCGCCACAGCAGGACCGACCGGGUGUUCGGCUCCACCGGCCAAUCUCUGGCUCCCCCCUUUGGAGGGGUGGAGGAAGUAAAGGUGAACACAGAGGAGCCGCCGCCUGCUGUCAGGGAGCACCUGCAGGAUGAGUGUGAAACGGAGGAGGGUACUCCAACUGAGAACACUCAUCAGGAGGAAGAGGAGCAAAGUGAGAUGAAUAUUCACUGCCCUGCUGGAACAGAAGCAGCUCCAGAGUGUGGAGGAGACGCUUCUCCAGGAGAGGAGGCACCACCAUGUGUUAUGGAGGAGGCUGCAAUGAGCCCUGAGGCUUCGUCAGACCCAUCAUCCUUUUCCCAUAAAGACGGAGCAGACGGACAAGAGGGGAAUGAGGAAGGGGACGUUGCAGACUGGCAGGAAAGCUCGGACGGCAAAGAAGAUGCUUCGAAAUCAGCACCUCUGGAGCAACGAGAGCAGAAGAACGGUGGUCGCCCCCCUAAAAAGAAGCCCACGCACUUCAUCACCUUCAGGGCCAACACUCCUGCCAUCCUGUCCAGCUUCAAGCAGCUGCAGGAGGAGAUCACCUCCGUCCUGCCCUCCUCGGCCCCUCACUGGCAGUUGGCCAACACGCUCCACGUCACAAUGUGCCUUCUGAAUUUGCCCGGCCCAGCGGAGGUAGCCACCGCUGCAGAGGUCCUCAGAAAGUUUGCUCAUUUCGAUCGAAACCCCCCGGUGUCUCUGACCUUCCCUGUGAGGCUGAAGCACUUCAACGGGAAGGUGCUGUACCUCAGCCCCCAGCCUCAGAUCCACCUCCAGCAGCUGAACAGCGGCCUGCAGGAGGCCUACAGCGAGGAGGGGCUGCUCCACAGGGACUCCUUCAACCCACGAUACCACCUCACUCUGGCCAAGGUAGUGGGCAAUGAGGGAGAGAGGGUGUUUGAUCGGGUGUGGGACCUGAAGGUGGGGAAGGGUUUACAUUUUGGCCGUCUGCCGAUAAACACCCUGCACCUGUGUUCCAUGGACAUCUCAGAAGGAGAUGAUUUUUAUGAGACCGUGUGCACAGUUAGUCUUCGAUGAUAGAACACAUGCACUAAAUACAUGUAGGUUAUUACAAUGGGUGCAAUACCUCUGGCCAUGUGGCCUUAUCGACCAAAUCUCAUGUCUGUGUUUUAAGGUUUUAUGUUUAUUCAGAAAAGAUGCAGAAAUUCUGGUGAAGGACUUCUUUAUAUAAAGGGCUAAAGGGAGUAAACAAUUAAUUAAUGUUCAAUUAAAUUCAUCUUUAUUAAGAUGCAAAAGGUAUAUGAUGGUCCAUCUACUCUUUAAUAAUAUGAUUUGAAUGUAUGUUUUUUACUUAAUGAAUGCUUAAUUGUAAUGCACUAAGGGCCUAUGUCCCGCACAUUGACUAUUCAUAUUUCAAGAUGAGAAAUGAAUGUAGUCUGCACAGAAUAAUAA